CUGAAUCACAAGAAUCUAUCUACUCUUAAGUAAAUGGAUUCUAAUAAUUGAUGUGUAUUCAGCUUUUAGCAAAUACAAAAGUAUGUGCACGUCUCUCCUUCGGUCGCUAGCAAUCAGUUUUUGUAGUAUAUCUUUUUCUUUAUUUGAAACAUAAUGAGUUGGUACUCAUACUGGCUUAACAUCUAUUUCGUCUUCUUUUUCAAAUUGAAUCUGAAAUUUAGGAAUUGGACGUGUAAGCAGGUUCUGAUACUUUGCUGAAUAUUGCUGCAAUACUACUGAAAAAAGAAGAAUUACAGCACCAAAGGUGUAUGGGGUGAUUUACUUCUACAAGAAAUGCAUCCUCUUCUACUUUCUCAUGAAAGUAGGCAUAAGAAUGUACUGUUGCAGAUGUAUAUUUCACAUUUUGGACAACUUUGUUUCUCAAAUGAAACAAGAGAAGAAAAGACAGUGAAGAAGCAGAAACCCCUAAAUAAUGGCGAGCGCCGUAGUGGAGAAGACGGAGGAAGAGCUCCGCAAAGAACUCUUUGAACUCAACCGUCAACAACACGAGAUAACUGAGCGGCUUAAGGAUCCAAGAGGUAUUCGCCGCGGUGGAUUCUCUGGUGGCGGCGGUGGCGGUGGUCCUCGGAGUUUUGUUGCCAACGGCGGCCGCCAACGUGGCCUUGUUAGACCUGCGGAGAGGAAUGAUGCAGAGGAUCAGCCAGCACCUAAAAGGCGUAUUUCUUCAGCUGUUGUGAAGAUUGAAGAGGGGGAGAUUGCUGACGAUGUCUCUGGAGCUCCAAUGGAUGCGAAUAAGGAAGAUUCAGCUGUGGAGGAGGGAAGUUCAAGGGAGGCACAUGUCAGCCAGAAUGAGAGAAAGCCAUCCAAUUGGCUUCGGAGGGAUGGCAAUCAAAGACCCUCAAAAAUGGAUCCUGAUUUUCCUCCACCGGAACCUGUGCCGAGAGUGUUGCCAAAAAACGAGGAUCCUAAAUUGGUUAGUAGGAAUAAGAGAAUGUUGGGACAGCUGUUGGGGACCUUGGAGAAGUUCCGAAAAGAAGACAUGCAGCUUUCAGGGAGCGAGGCUUACAUGCGGAGGUCAGAUUCUUUGAAAAGGGCUGAGCAAAGGGCGCGUGAAGAAAGUGAGAGGUUAAGACAACAAGAGCGUGAGCAGCGUGAUGAAAAGCUGAAAAGAGAUCUGACUCUUCGAGCACGUCUUGCUGCUAAAGCUGAGGAAAAGAGGUUGGAAUUGCUGUUUCUUCGGUGGAGUGAGCACCAUAAAAAACUAGCCAAUUUUAUAAGGACCAAAGCCGAGCCUCCGAUCUUUUAUUCUUUUGCCAAACCAUUGGAAGAAGAUCCAAACUUAGUUGAGCAGAAAAAAGAUCAGGUAAAUAUCACCCUGCACAUUGUUGGUUGCAUUAUAGAAAAUUCACUUGUGAAAUUGUACACAGCAAAAUCAUUGUGUUUGACGCGGGGGGGNGACAAGGAGCUAGAGAGUCAUAGACUUGAGCGUGGACCCAAGACUAGAAAGAUCCCUGGUGUUAGCAACAAUGAAGAUGAGGAUGUUGAGGAUAUCAAUGUUGCAGAGGACGAUAUGAUGGAUGAUGUGCUUGACGUGGAUGAUAAUAACCAGAGGAGUGAUGAAAUUGUAAAAGUUGAAGCAGGUAAUGGUAGUACACAGAUUGAUCAGCAGAAGAUAUGAAUCUCUUAUCUCUUUUAAAGGUUUAGUUUGUGUUUAACUGUUAUUUCCCUUUUGUUUGGCGUUUGUGGUAGUUAGUAUAUGUGUUGUCCUUCCGAUUUUGGUUUUGAGGAAUUACCCUUAUUUAUAUUAAACCUUCCAAUUUUUGUACUAGCUCAGUGUCUUAUUGGUACAUUUAUGGCCAAGAAAAAGAAAACUGAGCUGCUUUUCCGAGACACCUA